AUGGUCAAAGAAAGAACGCCGCGGACUGCGGCUGCCAGCAGCGAUGGCAAAAAGCGAGAGCAGUCGCCUGAUAGCGACACUGACAUCACCGUUUUGAUGAACGACUGGUCCUCUCGCAAUGGCAAUGCGCAAGCUGAGACAAGCAGCGGAUUUGCGUCUGCAACGGAGCGUCCCACCUUUGGGCAUCCGACCAAGAUGAUGUCCUCUCGUAAGCAGAAAGCCGACAUCUUUAUCCGUCAGAAGACCCGUCCAGAGCAUCAUCUCGACAGCAGCCGAGUGUCUGGACCCAGAGCGCCAGCCUACGAAGCUCGCCAUGCUCCUCCGCCACCCAUGUUCUCUUCGAUCGGACCGGGACCGACAUCGACAUCAACGCCAAUACCUCACCAACCGCGUCUUGUAGACGAGACGUUCUACACAGAUCCUGCCAAAGCUAACCAGGAUCUAAAGGCCUUGCUGGAGGGAGGCAUGGAGGGCGAUGACGAUGAAGGAGUGGAAGCCGACGAAGCGCAGCAACCACAACUACGAGGACAAGACAAGAAAGUCAAGGAUAGCUCAGUGCCAAGAGAUCCCAAAACCAUUGCCAAAGACGGCAAUGUGGAUGGCCUCAAGGUGCCACUGCUUCCUCACCAAGUUGAAGGCGUCAACUGGAUGCGAGGCCGUGAACUUGGGCCGGUCAAGAAGGGAACCGUCCCCAAAGGCGGGCUGCUUGCCGAUGACAUGGGCCUGGGAAAGACGCUGCAGUCGAUUUCACUCAUCCUCCUCAAUCAAAAGCCAGGAAAGGACGAAGAUGGCUGGCAGAAAUCGUUCCAGAACAUUAACAAGUCGACUCUUGUUGUUGCCCCUCUAGCACUCAUCAGGCAAUGGGAAUCGGAAAUCAACGAGAAGGUAGUCACAACACAGGGAUUGAAAGUUCUCGUACACCAUGGGCCUCAGCGGACAAAGAGCUCUGAAGAUCUCAAGGUCUAUGACGUUGUCAUUACUACUUACCAGAUUCUCGUCUCUGAGCAUGGUAGAUUUACGGAUGGCGACAAGGGAGGCUGCUUUGGGCUUCAUUGGUGGCGAGUAAUCCUGGAUGAGGCGCACACUAUCAAGAACCGCAAUGCGAAAGCUACCAAGGCUUGCUGCGCACUACGAUCCGAAUAUCGUUGGUGUCUUUCCGGUACGCCGAUGCAGAACAACCUCGAGGAGCUGCAGUCUCUCAUCAAUUUUCUUCGCAUUAAGCCCUACAGCGAUCUUCGAGCGUGGAAAGAUCACAUAGAACUUCCUCUGAAGGGUGGAAAAGGUCAUAUUGCUCUUGGAAGACUUCAUAGCUUUCUUCGCUGCUUCAUGAAGAGGCGGACAAAAGAAAUCUUGAAACAGGAUGGCGCACUCGUUCCUGGUGGAGUGCCGUCUGCUGAUGGCGCAGCCACUAUCAACGGGUUCAGACACACAAACCGCAAGGUAGUCACUGUUGCUGCCGAGCUGUCUCCCGCGGAACGCAGAUUUUAUCAAAGAUUGGAAGCUCGCGCCGACCGAAGCAUGACCAAGAUGAUGAAGGAGAAGAUAAGCUACGCCAAUGCCUUUACACUGCUGCUACGUCUAAGGCAAGCGUGCAAUCACCCAAAGCUUCUCGAAGGCAAGCUAGGAGCAGACAAGGACGCCUUAUCCACGGGCUAUUCAAGUCCAAAACAGCAAGAUACGGAUGUUGACUCGGUGGCCGAUUUGCUGUCAGGUAUGGGGAUAAGUACCAAAGAAUGCAGCAUCUGUGGCCGGCCGGUAGAGAAGAAACAGCGGGAUGCUGGGAGUGACAACUGUGCCGAGUGUGCUUCGGAUCUGGCGUUCUUUUAUGGAGAGACUGAGGUGCAAAAAGGGGAGCCCAAGAAGGCUACAAAAAUCGUAUCUUCCGGAUCAAAGAAGAAAGAGUCCAAGAAGAUGGAGCCGAAGAAGAAAGAGCCGAAGAAGAGUGCAAAGAGCAGAAAUGAAGAAGCAGAAGAAGAAGAAGAUGAUGAUGAUGAUGUAGAGACUAGACCAAGAACACGGAGGCCACGAAAUCGCAAUACAGUGGUUGACAGCGAUGAAGAAGAAGAAGAAGAGCCAAAGCAAACUUCUCGCCGCCGUCAAAAUCGAAACACAAUCAACGACAGUGAAGACGAAGACGAAGAAGAGGCUGAUGGCAGCUGGCUUGUCUCGGAAGACGAGAGAGGAGCUUUGCGACUAGGCAAGGCUGGCGGAGAGGAAGAUGAAAAUGCAGAAGGUGGAGGAGACUCGAUAGGAUCAGAGGACUCUGAAGAUUCUGAGGAAGAUGACGAUGAUGAGAGCAAUCUCGACAGCUUUGUGGUGGAUGACUCCAUCGCCAGAAAGGAGAAAGGGUACAAGUCAGUGGAUGACGAUUCAGAUGAUGACUCACUCUUAUCUGUUUCUGAAAUUACCAAGAAUCUGGCUGCUCAGACGCUUACAGAUAAGAAGCCCAAGAAAUCAAAGGUCGCUGUUUCUGCUUCUGAUGAUGCUUCGGAUGAUUAUUCUGAAUCCGAGACUGAUUCAGAAGAAGGAGACGACGAAGAAGACGAAGAAGAAGAAGAAGGAUCGGACUCUGACGAAAGCGAGUCUCAUGGUUCAUCCGAGUAUGACCCUUCGCCACCAGGCGACAAGCUCAGCAUUCUCUCCUCCGCCAAGAUUCGCGAACUCACCAGGCUGCUACGCGCAGAGGCCCACGAGCACAAGUUUAUCGUCUUCUCGCAGUUUACUUCCAUGCUGGACCUGGUUGAGCCGUUCCUUCGUAAAGAACAGCUGCGCUUCACGCGCUAUGACGGUAGCAUGAAGAACGAUGAGCGAGAAAGGAGCUUGCGAAAACUGCGAGAGGACAAGAAGACAAGAGUACUUCUGUGUAGCUUGAAGUGUGGUAGCUUGGGCUUAAACUUGACUGCUGCGACGAGGGUUAUUAUUAUUGAGCCAUUUUGGAACCCCUUCGUCGAAGAGCAGGCCAUUGACCGUGUCCAUCGUCUCACGCAAACCAUCGACGUUGUCGUCUACAAACUCACCGUCACUCACACCGUCGAAGACGGUAUCCUCGCCCUCCAAGAGAAGAAACGCCUCCUCGCCGAGCAGACCAUCGAAGGCAGCUCCAGGAAGGGCGCGCUCAAGCUGGGCAUCAACGAAAUCAUUGAUCUGUUCAAGCCGAUUCGCGGCCGGGAAGACAACAAUUCCCAUUUCGUCGCUGUCAACGAGGAUGAGGUGGAGGCUGAUCUCAGGAGAGCCCGAGAUUCAACGGGGAUGAUGAAGAUGGCGAGGAAGAAGGUGCAGAGGCCGGAGGAUAGUGCGUAUGGGCGACGGUGGUAG